CAACAUCACCACCAUCAUCAUCACCAUCAUCAUCACCAUCAUCAUCAACAUAUUGGCAUACUUUAAUGACACCAAAAUCACCACCAUCAUCAUCACCAUCCCUUUUUAGUUUAAAUAUAAACUACAAAAUGCCAUCACGUCAUUUAAAACAUUAUUGGCAUACAUUAAUGACACCACCAACUUCAUCAAUUCCAACCUCCUAA